AUGAAAUUCGACAUGCCUCAGCUUCUCUGUGACACAGGGGGCGGGUUUUUAAUUUGCCGCUUCGGAUACAGAUACGAGGAACCAAGGACUGCUGAUGCAGGCAGCCAAUUAUUCUACAGAGAACCAUCAGGUUACAACCUGGUGCCGGGAACAGGGAGUGAGGUGAAGUUGACACUGAAGAGAGGAACCGCAAUCACCGCCGUGGCUGCGUGCCAGAAUGAUGGCGCUCAACUUGUGUCCUCCAGUAAUGCAGCGAUGGACAGCUACGCAAAGCAGCCACUGGAAACAGCAGCACCAUACACAUGGAUAUGGCUCGGUGGUCAGAACGUCACCGAUAGCUACCAUUGGGUGUUCCCAGAUGGCACGACAUUGAAUGUCACAGGACCAGGCCAAUCUUACUUCUGUCCACAAUCACCCGACGGUUAUAGCUUUUGUUUGGAACAACAUCACUCUGGCUGCUGGCAUACCUAUCGUUGCAACGGGAUUGAUCCUGGAUACCUCUGCGAAAUCAAACUACCAAAUUGA